AUGGAGCUAGACGAACAUGAAACCCCGCAAAAGUUAAAAACACACAAAUUCAUUAUCAACUAUCAAACAAAUAAUAGCCAACGACAAAUGUCUAUUUCACCCUGCCAACUGAAAGUGACGCCAAAAAAUAACAAAUGCCUAAGGAAGUCUAUAAACCCGCGGACACCCAAAGCCCAGAGUUUAAGCUAUUCGGUGGCUGCCUGCAGUUCUUUGGUGUCCUCAAAUAGUAACUCUGUGCAUUCGAUAUCGAUGGCUUUGGUACAGACGCCACCGGCAAAAAGAUAUCAAAGAGUGAAAAAUCCUUUUGAGGCGGCCUUGACGGAUAGAUUACAUUUGCCAUUGAUAGCUAGCCCCUCGUUGUUUCAACGUCCCAAUACACCACAACUGAGUUCUACACAAUUUGAAUGGACUAUCGACGAAGUAUCUAGUCUAAAGCCGGCACAUGUAGAACCUCAUGAAACACAAUUUCAUGACUCCCCCAAUCCAGAAUUGGAGGCUAAAGCCCAAUCAGCCAUAAGUUCCUAUUUCAAAGAACAACAAAUUGUGCCCAGCCCCAUAGACUGUCCCUUACGAUCAAAUCGCAUUGUUUUGUCAGAAAUUAAUGGCACCACGCCGCUUUCAAAACCAGGUCGCCGGAUACGUGACUGUGCUUCGCAAACCGAACUGACAUUGCCACCCAUUUUGCCGCCAGCCUUGGAAGAAGCCUUGAAACCUUAUUUCCAGCCACAAUUGGCGGGCAAAGAUAAAGUGUUGAAAAAUCUGGGCGCCUCUCGUUCUUGGAUUUCCAACAGCAGUGAGGUGAAGGAUACUUCUCUAAGACGCAAACUUUUCGAUAUGCAUAAUAUUGUGGUGUUGGAAAAUGAAAAUCAACAAACACCCCGCCAGCAGCAAUUACCCAAGCCUUCGAUUUCUAGUGCCCAUUCAAAUUCUAGUCCUAUUUCAUUGAAUUCCUUGCAACAUACAGCCAUAGUAGGCAAACUAUCAGAUUCUUUAGACAAGAGCUCUUUUGGCUCUCUAUCACCUAUUUCGGCAGCUGAUAGUUUGUCGCCCAAUUGUUUGGGCGGAAGUGCCACAAAACGAAAAUCCAGAUUUGGCAAUUUCCUCAGCGAAUUGGAAGAAGUAGAGCUACUUUCGCCCAUACAUCCACCCGUAAGAAGAAAGCCCUUGACUGAAAGCAAUAGGUCGCAGUAUAGAAGCCAUAUAAGUGAAAUUUCCAAAAUAGAUUUAACCACCAACAAUGUUUCCACUGAAGCAGAAGAAAAUGAACUUUUCACACCCGAAAGAUCUUCAUCGCCCCUGCAUGUUAUGGCUUAUGAUAAUCUAGCUGAAUUCUCCACCGAUAGUUUUAAUAUUAAGGUCAGCCGUUUAAAGGUAAACUCUUCUAAACAGCAGGCAACAAACCAGGACAAAAUUUGCAAAAUCCUGCAAAAAUCAGCACAACUGGCAACAGAUGUGGAUAUUUUCCCACACGAUGACACUGAGGACUUGCUAGAGAACACGGUCGACAUGGAUGAUAUGCAAGUUUCACAACUGUCAGGCCACUCCUCCAACUGCAGCUCAUCGCAGUCGGACACACCAAGAGGCAAACGCAGAUCAGCCAGUCGUAAGAAUCUAUCACAAUCAUUUUCUGCCAACUGGCUGCAAGAUGAAGACGAACAAGAGCUGGAUACUUCUCAGUCUAUGAAAAUUAAAGAAAUUUUAGCUAAAAAACAAUUUUCUGUAACUAGUGCCACAACUUCCUGCUCGUUUGGGGGUAUUAGCAAACAAAGGAUCGAGAAUACAACGCCAAAGAAAAGUUUAACAUUCUAUAGGACUGAUAGUGGUUUCAAUGAAAUGUCUCAUAGCUCAAUGUCAUCAUGCGAGGCUCUCAAGUCGGGACAGGAUAAGAAUCCCCAGUUGGACAUGCUGCCGCUUCAAGAGAUUUUGGUAUGUUGUUCUACGCCAUCGACCAAGGAUAAAUUUAAUUUUAUGGACUGA